GCUGGUACAUGUAAUACGUGCAGGCGUCCAUAUCUCGCCACUCUUGGCACGAUUUAGACCCUGUUACGUCAGCAUUCACUAGCUCCGUUCAGGAAGGAACUCGCGGAAGUCACCGAUAGGGCGGCGUCUGACACUCGUGCAACAAAUUGCGAACAACAUUUCCUUCACCAGACGUUCGUUAUCCUGAAGCGCAAACACAGUCACUAUCAUGACUACUAACGAUGCUGCGAACGACGACGAGUGGGCGCAGGCCGAAGGCGUCCCGAACCUAAGCGACCCAUUUAUCCAACAGUACCUACAGGGCCGAGACGCUCUGGUUCAGCAAGAGAAGAGACAACGAAGUGACUAUCUUUUCCGCCAGAAUCUCUCGCCCAUGGCACAAGAAGCAUGCGCCAUCGUCUCCCAGAUUCGAUUUGAGGAGCAACAGACCCUCUGGACAAAGGAAUACGAAGACAGCCUACUAACCGAACAUGUCGAUGUCUUUCCAGGCAUGAUGUUCUCACUUGCCAAGGAGCGCAUGGAGAAGAGCAAGCUGUGGCAGAUAGUCAAGAGAAUGCCCAAAGGCGCACUCUUGCACUGUCAUCUGGAAGCUAUGGUGGACCUUGACUGGGCGCUUGAAGAAGCUUUCAACACUGAGGGUGUCUGCAUUGUUGCCGAUGGCCCAGUCACCGACGACAAAACCAGGCGCAAAACCGGCUUCUCCUUCACCUACUACAAGGACGCGAACGGUGACGCUUCAAUAUGGAACGAUAACUACACGGCGAACACGCCGGUGCCCGUAAAUCAAGCCGCAGAUGCCUUCCCAGAUGGUGGCAAGAAAGCAUUCAUCGAGUGGAUUCGCUCCCGCGUCACUAUCACCCAUUCAGAACACCUCUCCCAUCACGAAGGCCCCAACGAAGUAUGGCGCAAGUUCAUUUCAUGCUUUCCUAUUCUCGGCUCCCUCAUCUACUAUGAGCCCAUCUUCCGCAAGUUUGUACGCAGGAUGUGCAAGGCCCUGGUCGACGACGGUGUACAUUACGUUGACUUGCGUGCAGCGUUCUAUACGCCCUACCGCAGCAGCAAGAAGGAGGAUUGGGACUCGGACCAUUUCAAUUUGCUCGAGCAUUUGGCGGAUGAAGUUGAGAAGUUCAAGGCGAGUGAAGAGGGCAAAGACUUCUGGGGCGCCAGAAUGAUCUGGACGACCAUCAGACAAUUCGGAAAGAAGCAGGUGAUCGAGAGCAUGAAGCAAUGUAUCGAGAUGAAAAUCGAGUUCCCCGAGAUUAUUGCCGGGUACGAUCUCGUAGGCCAGGAAGAUCUUGGCCGACCACUUUCGGACCUUGCCCCCGAGCUUUUCUGGUUUCGCAAGGCCUGCGCUCAGGAAGGCGUUGACAUACCGUUCUUUUUCCAUGCUGGGGAAACGCUGGGCGACGGCGAUUCGACGGAUGAGAAUCUCUUCGACGCUAUUAUCUUGGGUACGCGACGCAUAGGACACGGGUUCAGCCUUUACAAACAUCCCCUUCUCAUCGACAUGGUCAAGGAGAAGAGGAUCUUGGUGGAGAGUUGCCCGGUAUCCAAUGAAGUGCUACGGCUUUGUUCGAGCAUUAUGUCACAUCCCCUACCAGCGCUGCUAGCCCGUGGUGUUCCCUGCUCGCUCUGCAAUGACGAUCCCACCAUCCUCGGCCAAGGCGUAUCUGGCAUGUCGCACGACUUCUGGCAAGCGCUGCAGGGAUGGGAGAACCUUGGUCUCGAAGGGCUGGGCUCAUUGGCAGAGAACAGCGUGCGUUGGGCUAGUCUGGAUGAUUACAGUGCAAAGGAAUGGACCCAAGAUAUCAAGGAUGGAAUGUUUGGCAAGGGCGUACGGGCCCAAAGAUUGAAGGAAUGGGUUAGCAAGUGGGAGAAAUAUUGUGCCUGGAUUGUCGAAGAGUAUGGCGUGGACGAGAACGUAGACCAAGAGGAGUAAGUAUCAAGCAUUCGAGGCUGAAGCACGGCACACAAAUGGAGGAAUGAGGUUCAACAUCGGGUGUGCCCAGAUGUACCACUUCGACUUUGUAAUGCAGGUAUAUCUACUAUAUAAACAAAUCUGUAACACACUCCUAGAUUAUAUAAACAGAUCUUGUCUAGCUUUGUUUAACUUAAAGAUUACUCUAUUUACUUCUAUGUUACUAUAACGAACCUAAGAAAAGUAGAAGCAAUCUACUAUAUAUAAGGAAUGUUACAAGACACUAUAAGCACGUGUUUAAGA